GUUGGUAUCGGCGGGGCCCGAGCGGCGGCGGGGCCGGGCCCGGUAUGGGCGACCAGGAGUCUCUGCGGAAGAUCAUCACCACCUUGGCCGUGAAGAAUGAGGAGAUCCAGAAUUUCAUCUACUCCCUCAAGCAGAUGAUGCAGAAUGUGGAGGCCAACUCGUCGCGGGCACAGGAGGACCUGGAGAACGAGUUCCAGUCGCUGUACGCGCUGCUGGACGAGCUGAAGGACCAGAUGCUGAUGAAGAUCAAGCAGGAACGCGCCAGCCGCACCUACGAGCUGCAGGCCCAGCUGGCAGCAUGUGCCAAGGCCCUGGAGAGCUCGGAGGAGCUGCUGGAGGCGGCCAACCAGGCCCUGGGGACGGCCAACCACCACGACUUCCCCCAGGCUGCCAAACAGAUCAAGGAUAGCGUGACGAUGGCACCUGCCUUCCGCCUCUCGCUCAAGGCCAAGGUGAGCGACAACAUGAGCCACUUGAUGGUGGAUUUUGCCCAGGAACGUCGCCUGCUCCAGGCCCUCGCCUUCCUGCCAGUGCCCAGCACCCCUGAGAUCGACCUGGCGGAGUCGUUGGUGGCCGAUAACUGUGUGACCCUGGCAUGGAGGAUGCCCGACGACGACAGCAAGAUCGACCAUUACGUACUGGAGUAUCGCAGGACCAACUUCGAGGGCCCACCCCGUGCCAAGGAGGACCAGCCCUGGAUGGUGGUCGAGGGCAUCAAGACCACUGAGUACACCCUCUCUGGGCUGAAGUUUGACAUGAAAUACAUGAAUUUUCGAGUACGGGCGUGUAACAAGGCUGUGGCGGGGGAGUUCUCCGAGCCGGUCACUUUGGAAACAAAAGCGUUCAUGUUUCGGCUGGACGCCAGCACGUGCCACCAGAACCUGCGGGGGGAGGAGCUGAGCGUGGAGUGGGACGCCACGGGGGGCAAGGUGCAGGACGUCAAGGCACGCGAGAAGGAUGGCAAGGGCAGGACGGCUUCACCUGCCAACUCUCCUGCCAGGGUGGUGCAGUCGCCCAAGAGGAUGCCCUCGGGGCGCGGGGGCAGAGAUCGCUUCACCGCCGAGUCCUACACGGUUCUGGGUGACACGCUGAUCGAUGGGGACGACCACUACUGGGAGGUGCGGUACGACCGGGACAGCAAAGCUUUCGGCGUGGGGGUGGCAUAUCGCAGCCUGGGCAAAUUCGACCAGUUGGGCAAGACCUCGGCCUCCUGGUGCCUCCACCUCAACAACUGGCUGCAGGUCAGCUUCAGCGCCAAGCACGCCAACAAGGCCAAGGUGCUGGACGUGCCCGUGCCCGACUGCAUCGGCGUCUACUGCAACUUCCAUGAAGGUUUCUUGUCCUUCUACAACGCCAGGACCAAGCAGCUGCUCCACACCUUCAAGGCCAAGUUCACGCAGCCGGUGCUGCCCGCCUUCACGGUCUGGUGCGGCAGCUUCCACGUCUCCUCGGGCUUGCAGGUGCCCAGCGCGGUGAAGUGUCUCCAGAAACGCAACAGCACGGCCAGCAGCUCCAACGCCAGCUUGCCCUAGAGCCGUGCAUCCCCUUCCCCCCCACACCCCCCCGGUGGGCACCC